AUUAACGUGGAUUCUUGACUUUUCGCGAUUAUGUUGAGAAUAGUGGCUCGUCGCCCCGAUUGCUCGUUGUGAAUUUCCUUCUGAACAUUUCGGAUGCUUCCGUAAUUCCUCCAAACUGUCGAAACCAUGAUCGAGUACUACCGACUUGACCGUACCGUGUACCGUUUUGUGUGACCAUAAGAGGAUUAUCCGUCAUUUUCGUAGUGCUGUAAUCGUUAUUGUCAUCGUCAAAAUAGUACAACUUUCACGAGGGGAAAAUGAAGUUGGUUCACAAAAACAUUGACAAGGCCGGUGUCGGAAGCGUGGUACUGAUCCCCGAGGAACCGGAAGACAUGUGGCACGCAUACAAUCUGAUAUCAGAAAAAGAUCAAGUCCGAAGCAGUACUAUUCGGAAGGUUCAAAAUGAAACCUCUACUGGUUCUUCGUCCAGCAGUCGGGUACGAACAACUCUCACAAUCCGCGUUGAGUCAAUAGAUUUCGAUACCCAGGCACAGGUGCUUCGCUUGAAGGGUCGUAACAUUGAAGAAAAUCAGUUCGUUAAGAUGGGAGCGUACCACACGCUGGAUUUGGAGCUGAAUCGCAAGUUUGCACUUACCAAACGGGAGUGGGACUCAAUUGCCUUGGAACGGGUUGAGAUGGCGUGUGACGUUACGCAGAGUGCCGACGUGGCUGCCGUGAUCAUGCAGGACGGGCUGGCUCAUGUGUGUCUCAUUACCGCCAGUAUGACGCUGGUUCGCAGCAAGAUCGAUGUGUCGAUCCCCCGCAAACGUAAGGGAUAUGUUCAACAGCACGAGAAGGGACUGGCGAAAUUUUACGAUGCGGUCAUUCAGGGAAUCAUCCGGCACGUCAACUUUGAUGUGGUCAAAUGCGUGCUGAUUGCGUCGCCAGGAUUUGUGAAAGAUCAGUUUUUCCAGUACAUGUUUGAACAGGCUGUUAAAACUGAUAACAAGGUGCUACUAGAGAACAAAGGUAAAUUCAUGCUGAUUCAUUCAUCCUCCGGUUUCAAGCACUCGUUGAAAGAAAUCCUACAGGACCCGGCUGUGGUGGCCAAGAUGUCCGACACCAAGGCAGCCGGCGAGGUCAAAGCCCUCGAGCAGUUCUACGGCACGCUCCAGUGCGAACCGGCCAAAGCAUUCUACGGCAAGAAGCACGUGAUUAAGGCAGCUGAAGCGCAAGCCAUCGAAACCCUGCUGAUUUCGGAUAAUCUCUUUCGAUGCCAAGAUGUCGCAACGAGGAAGGAGUACGUCCAACUGGUCGACUCGGUGCGCGAUUCCGGCGGGGAGGUGAAAAUCUUCUCGAGCAUGCACGUGUCCGGGGAACAACUGGCACAGCUCACGGGUGUGGCGGCAAUCCUUCGCUUCCCGAUGCCGGAACUCGAGGACAGCGAAGACGAGCAAAGCGAUUCCGACUCGGACUAGACCCGGCGAUCGUUCCUUUUGAAUCGGUUUCCGCGAUAAUGUUUAGUUGGGAAAAGCGUUUAGUUUGAUCAUUUAUGAUUAUGUUUGUCAUGAUAAUUUAUGUUACAUACCUAAUAGUAUGCCCUCAGGAGGAAGCUUAAGAACUGAAAGGUAGGUUUUUCGAGCUUCGAAAAAGAAAAACAAAACAGAUAUUGCUUGCUACUCAUCUAUAGAAACUAUACGCAAUCGAAUCAAAUGUCAGGUUGAGUUUUUGGUAUAAUUAAUUGUACAUAUGCUAUUGUAUUUGUAUUUUAGUGAUCAAAACUAUUAAAAUAUUAAUAAAUGAUGUACCAGCAUCUAAA